AUGGCGGUCUUAAAAUUCGCUUUGUUGGCGUGCUUGGUUUUGACAAUAGCCGAUGCCUUGCCUGCAAAACGGGCCGACGACGUGGUCAAUAAAGAAGAGUUGCUGGCUCAGUUGGAGCAUCUAGGAGGGGAUUUGUCCGGAGAGCCAAAGAUCAGUACGGGGUUGAAGGUAGAUAAUUGGACAGAAUACUCUGGGGUAAAUCCCGAAGAACUCGGCGAGUACUCAGGUGGCGAUAUCCUUUUCCCCGUGGAAGUCGAAGAACAGUCUGACGAUUUAACCGACGACGACGACAACGAAGAAUUGUUCGGCCACUUGGAGUAUCUGGGAUCAAAUCUGUAUGGGGAGCCAAAGAAUAGCACGGGUUUGAGGGUAGACAACUGGACCGAAGAAUCUGGGGUGAAUCCCGAAGAACUCGGCGAAUACGUCGAGGGCGACAUCCUUUUUCCGAUGGAAGUCAGUGCUCGAAAUGGUCUCAGGGCGCUCUCUUCAAGAUGGCCCGGUGGAAUCGUUUACUACAAAAUUAACUCGAAGUUCACUGCACAGGAACGUCAGGCAAUUUUGGCUGCCAUGGCCGACUACCACAUGUACACUUGUAUCCAGUUUAAACCAUACACAGGAGCAGAACCCGACUUUGUUAGGAUUAAGAAAGGAAGAUCAGGUUGCUGGAGUUCCGUUGGCAGAAAAACUGGAGGCCAAACAUUAAACCUUCAGACUCCUGCGUGUAUUCGGAAGAAGGGGACCAUCAUUCACGAACUCAUGCACACCCUCGGAUUCCUCCACGAACAAAGCAGAUUCGACCGAGACAACUACAUAACUGUUAACAAGAGCAACAUUUUGAAAAAACGUCUACACAAUUUCAAUGCUGCCACAAAUCAAACCACACAAGAUUUUGGAGUGAGCUAUGACUACGAUAGCGUGAUGCAUUAUUCUCGGACAGCUUUUUCCAAAAAUGGUCUUGCAACCCUGGUUCCGAAGCCAAACCCAAAUAUUCAAAUCGGCCAGCGUAUCGGAUUCAGUCCAAAGGAUAUUUCGAAGAUCAACAAAAUGUAUAAGUGCAACGUGCAAACGCCCUAA